AUGAGUGGACAACAAGCAAGAAACGAGCAAUUAAAGAAAGAUGUGGUAUGUUUGUAUACGGAUGCAGCCAUCUCUGCAAAAAGGAUCAGGACCGGACAAGGGAUCAUUGCAAGAAAUUGGAAAGGAAAGAUAAUGAGAGCCAAAGGAAUUGUACAUCAGAGGAAUGGAACAGCGAGCACUGAAGAGGCAUUCGCAGUACGAAAUGCUCUACUGAUGGCCAAGCAAGCUGGAUGGAAGAAAAUUAUUGUACAUUCAGACUACAAAUCAGUGGUUGAGCAAAUUAACAGAUGCAGUGACUAUGAGUACAACAUUGCAACUAUUCUAGAGGAUGUACAGGAUCUUAGAACAGACUUUGACAGGUGCUCUUUUGUGUUUAUUUCUAGAGCAACAAAUGAAAUUAGUCAUGCACUAGCUCAUUUUGCAGUUAAACUGGUGCAUAGCAUUGAAUCGGAAAAUGACUUCCCAAUAUGGCUGAUUGAGUUAGGGAUGAGAGAAAUGAGGGUAGUAUCCCCUUUUUGUAACUAA